AAGUUGGAACUUCAAAUACAGAUUGUCUUCAUAGCUGACGGGCGCGCGAGCCAUAAUUUCAUACGUAGAAAUGGGAACGUCAAGAUUCACCCGCCCCAAGGGCUUAGAUGGUGAAUCAGCUCCUAAUCUCUUUGUCGCCAACUGCGGGCCGGCUGUUGGCUUAUCAUUUGACGAAAUUGCUUCAGUGUUCGGCAAAUUUGGGGAAGUUUUUGGAGUCUAUCCAGCUGACGAAAGUGGUGCUCGUGUCAUUGUUUCUUAUUCUGAAGUGGGCUCUGCCCAAGCGGCCUUGAAAGCAUUAGAUGGUCACCCCUGCUCUGAUCUGGGAGGACGUGCUCUGCACAUACGAAACUCCAUACUUCGACCUCCUACCCAGGUCAAGGAUUCAGUGUCAGUAUGUUUGCUGGAUUCAGAGUUGGGAAUUUCCGGCAUUUACUUGUUGCAUGACUUCAUUACCACUAAAGAAGAGGAGGAACUCCUUGCGGCAGUGGAUGGUAGGCCAUGGAAAAGUCUCUCCAAAAGAAGGGUUCAGCAUUAUGGCUAUGAGUUUUUGUAUGAAACGAGGAAUGUUGACACAAAACAGCAGUUGGGUGAACUUCCUCCCUUUGUUUCUCCCAUACUUAAAAAAAUCUCAUCAUUUCCCCACAUUGAAAAUGCUGAAGAUGUUACUUUGGACCAAGUGACGGUCAAUGAAUACCCUCCUGGAGUGGGCUUGUCUCCACAUAUAGAUACUCAUUCUACAUUUGAAGGAUUAAUUUUCAGUCUCUCAUUAGCGGGGCCUUGUAUUAUGGAGUUCAGAAGAUAUUUACAAGGCACAUGGCUUCCUUCAUCUCUCUCCAGUACUGACAUGCAAGAGCAAAAUCCUGACUACAGUUCAAGUUUUGUAAGGAGAUCUAUUUUCCUUCCUCCUCGGUCAAUGCUUCUAUUAUCUAGGGAGGGGCGAUAUGCUUGGCAUCACUAUAUUCCACAUCAUAAGGUUGAUAUGGUGAGGGACAACAUGAUCAGAAGAGGUUCAAGGAGGGUUUCCUUCACAUUCCGCAAGGUCAGAGCAGGACCAUGCCAGUGUGAAUUUCCACAGUACUGUGAUUCUCAAAAUUAAGAUGGGUGAGAUUUUUCCUUGUCCUUGGUGUCAGCAACUUAAUACAUAGCUUUUGCUGAACCGGUUCUCAUCAAGCAGCAGAUAUGAGUUGGACUGAACUCCAUAGAUUAUGACCCUUCAAGCUUGUCAUCCUUGUUACUUAUCUGAUGGCUCAUGGAACAUGUUGCCCAGAGCUGAUGACCAGUCUAAUUAUGGACCAACAGACUGAAGAAAUGGGAAAAGUGGAGGAUGGUUGAAGUUCUUGCUGGAGGAAAAUGGGGCAAUUUUUCGGCAUGAUGCUUUUGCUUUAAAACAUGAAAUGUGCUUAUACAUCUUGUAGUGUCACACCCAAAUUUGCGUAUGGAAUUGAUUUCUGGUACUUCUAUCCCCAUUCCUCUGAUCUGGUGGAAAGAGGUGAUGGUUUCAAUCUAUAACUUAAGGUAAG